GGGUGGAGUCGAUGCAUAAUAAUGGAAUACUACGACAGACAGAAAAGUUCUUUGCCCUGAACAAAUCCGCUAUUCUAGACUCUCAUCUUCUCUUUGAAGUUACUUAAGGAUUAGUAGUGUUGUCCAGUGAAAGGUGUUCUGAUACAGGUUUCAAAAGCUGACAAGGAUUUUUUAUACUGUUAACUACCUAACUAGGAAUAUAUCCACCAGCAAUGUGGGUUUUUCUAAUAGUGACGUGCGUGGCGUCGCAAUACGUCACCGGGUCAUCAACAGGUGCCUCACAGACCGUCACCUUCAGCAUGCGAAAGCUCGCCUUCUCCACCAACCAAUUCGGCUUCGACCUCUACAGAGCUUUCAACAUCAGCGACGAGAACGUAGCAUUCUGUCCAUUCUGCAUCGGAUCUUCGCUGGCCAUGGUGCUCUUGGGAGCCGAGGGCGGCACAGCCAUGGCCCUGAGGCAAGCCCUGUAUCUGUGGGGCCUCCACCCGCAAGAGAUUCACCUGGCUUAUCACGAUCUGAUCGCCCACCUGGGGUUGAACCUCACGCCCCUCGAGGAUUUGGUGAUCGACGCCAGGAGAUCGAACGCGGACGAGAAUGUGCUGAAGAUCAUCAACAAUAUUUACAUUCAGAGGCACUUUGCUGUACAUUAUCCAUUCCAGUUCCUGCUCAAUAGGUACUACAACACCAGCAUCUACCCUUUGGACUUCGUGAUGAACGCCGAGCAGAGCACGCGCUACAUCAACGUCUUCUUCGAAAGGAACAUGGAGGGGAAGGCGACGCAGAUUCUGUCCCACGUGCCCUCCCCCUCCACGAACCUGCUGCUCCUGAACGCCAUCUUCUUCAGGGGCUACCUCGACAUGAACAUGGCCCAGGUGGAGGAGAACAGAUUCGUGGGCAGAGCGGGAGAGAGCCCCUUUAUCAUGCUGGAAGCCAGGAAGGCAAGAGUCAGAUAUGGCGUGCACGAAUAUCUGAACUGCAGUGCCGUCGAGGUACCAUUUCGCGGAGGGCUGAUUUCUCUGGUUGCACUUCUGCCCAACGAACCGGAAGGAAUGGCCAUGCUUGAGACCCGUAUCAGCGCACAGAGGCUGACCGACAUCAUCAAUUCCAUGCAGGUCAAAAGGGUCAAAUUUCAGAUGCCCCGAAUAAGCGUGAAACAAACUCAUGGAAACUUGACAAAAGCCCUCUUCAACUUAGGAUUGGUCGAUCUAUUUACUCCAGGAUAUGCAAAUCUCUUUGGUAUUAGCAACUUCGGCUGGUUACACGUUACCAACGUUACGCAUGCGGCCUACGUUGAAGUAAAAGAAGGGCCCAGCUCUUCGUCGGGAUUGGACAACAACCAAAGGGACGAUGUCUCAGUGGUCUUAGACAGACCCUUCCUGUGGUUCAUCAUGGACAAUGUUGCCGGUCUUGCAAUUGCAAUGGGCAAGAUGGUGAAGCCGGCAAUAGAAUAACUGGAACAUGUGUACGAGCUUAUAUAGAAGGACUUUCUACGCUUUAGCCAAGGGACUUAUGUCAUGACUUAGCAGGUAUUUUCAAAAUGUAAGCAAGUAAUGGCAAGCUGCAGCAAUUUCACCACAACGUAAACCUCAGAAAAUAGCUGAGGUUUUAAGAAUACGUGAAAAAAUACAUGUCUGACCUCCAAUUGAUCAUUUUUUAAAAAAUGGAAAGGGUUAUUUAUAUGAUUCUGCUAAAUAAGAGAACUUGGGGCAUUGUGAAGUAAAUAAAAGGAAUUGAUGGCCUUGAUGCAAGAACUAAGUAAGUCCAGACAUAUCUCAUUUUUGGUGAGAUUAACAAAUAACAUCAGUAGCCAAUAGAAACUCUAUUAUAUUUUCCACAAUAUUUACCACAAAGUGGAGGUGUGACCUUACAUUCGCGUCUAGUUGUUGCACCAAUCGGAACAUCUAUGUUGCUCAAACGCAAAAGUGACAUUUUAAAAAAAAGAAAUGAAAAAUUUGGAUUAACUUGGUUCUUGCAUCAAGGCUUUCAGUUAGCCUCGAAAUAAAAAAAUAAACAGUAUUUAUUUUUUUAAUACAAUGAGAGAACAACCUUGAAAUGUUACUUAUUAUUUUCCUGUAGUACACUUGCGCUUUUAAAUUAAAAUUUGAAAGAUUUUAACACUUCAUUCUGAAUUUUUAUUUCAUUUUGUCCCAAGUUCCUCCACGUCAACAAUUCCAGGCAAUAUAUUUAACAGCUAUACACGAACUGUGAAUGUCCUUCUCGAAUAUAUGAACUUACGAAACUGUACAUAAAUCUUUUUAUAA